AAAAGGUUAGGUACGUAAGUCAUGUUGUGGCAGGGUUUGAGAUGUCAAAGAAGCAAAAUAUGGGAGCAAUGAGUGAUAAUGGAAUAAGCCGCAGCAGAAAGAAGUCAUCAUCAAGAGGGCACCACAGGUUUGUAGGGGUUCGACAAAGGCCAUCAGGGAGAUGGGUGGCUGAGAUCAAAGACUCUCUACAAAAAGUUAGGCUUUGGCUUGGAACAUAUGACACUGCUGAGGAUGCAGCUCGAGCAUAUGAUAAUGCUGCACGAGCCUUGAGAGGUUCCAAUGCUAGAACCAACUUUGAGUUGCCUGAGUCAGCUUCUUCUGGUGGUGCUAAUAAGCGUGGUGGUUCCAAGUUUGUGCCUGAAUGCACUGAACCCUUUUCUUUUGAGGAUGUGAAUGAGCCAGGUUCAGAUGCAGAAGGCCUUCUUGGUGCACUUAAGGCAAAACUGCUUGAUGGAAAGAAAGGGAAGUUUGAUCAGUUUCAAUUUCUUGGAAAUUCUGCUGCUCAAGUUGUUCAAUCUGGCAUGGUUUCAAGAUCAAGUCAGAAUUGUUCUGGGAAGAAAGAGUUAUUAUUACCAAUACCAUCAUCUUCAGCUAAUGAUACUGUUCUCACAAGGAUGAAUUAUGGAACUGGAACCAGCCCUGUGCAUGGUGUGAUGAGUACUUUAGCUUCAUCAAACACUUGUGCUAAUAAGAGUGUGGUUAUCCCAAAUCAUGAUUAUCAUGAAGGAGCUGUAGCAAGCACAAGCAGUGGUAGAGUCAACUCUCAUCAACUUUGUCAAACCCCACCUGUGGCAACAUGGCCCAGUGAAGUGGCAUAUGAUUUGCCUUGGCCUACACAAUAUAUGAGCCAAGUUCUUCCUGAUAAUGGCCUUCUUGCAUCUUCCAGCACUGCUGCAGCCACCUUGACUAAUAUAUGGCCACUUUCUGGGGUAAUUGAGUCUACUGUUGAUAUGACAUGCAUGGAUCAGGGACCAUCAAGUAGCAACAAAAGUGGCCAAAUGAUGAAUAUGGUGAGCAUGCAGUUGCCUCUAGUUGGUGGUGCAAAUGAAGGUCUUUGGACAUUGGAGCAGCAACAGUUUGUGCAAUGUGACCAGAACAACAGCUGGUUUAGUUUUAAUGGAUCUUGGGAUCCUCUCCUCUAUGUUCCCUCUGAGCUAGCUUGAUUAGUUAGUGUUAAUAUUGUCUGUGAAAGAAAUCUCAAUUUGUCAAUUCUUAAUAUAUCUUGAUCUCUACUAAUCAUUCUUUAA